AUGGUUUAUUUUCUGACAUGUUCCUUUGAUAUGAAGUUCACUUUUGUGUAUGCCGGAUGGGAAGGAUUAGCAAAUGAUUGUCGUAUUUUUAGUACUGCGCUUGAAUCUCCUAGGUUGGAAUUCCCUCAUCCCCCACCAGGCAAAUUUUAUGUUGUUGAUUCUGGAUACCCAACUAGGGAUGGUUAUUUGACACCAUUCAAAGGAGAGCGCUACCAUUUGAAUGACUAUAGAGGAAGACGAAAUCAACCCAGAUCAACUAAGGAGUUGUUCAACCAUAGGCACUCUUCUUUGAGAAAUGUAAUCGAACGGUCAUUUGGAGCUUUGAAGAAUAGGUUCCCAAUUUUGCAUAAAAUGCCUUCAUUUUCAUUUCGGAAGCAAGCUCUCAUUGUGAUUGCAUGUUGUGCAGUACAUAACUUUAUCAGGGAUCAUCAGAUAGCAGACAAAAAUGUAGCACAUUAUGCAAAUCCCAACAUUGCAGCAUCAACCCAUACAUCUGCAACUAUAGAUGAUGAAGGCUCCUCAAAUCAAGUGACCCAAAUAGACAUUAUUAAGAAAAAUAUUGCAAACCAAUUAGCUAUAGAUAAUCAAUUGCCCCCAAUAUGA